AUGGGUUCUCAUGGGGACAAUUGUGAGACCGCGAACGAGGUGGAGGCCGACGAAGGCGCACGCGAUGACGCCAAUGCUGUGAACGCGGGGGCGGCAGAAGAACAGGCUGAGGCAGCCCCAAUGACGGUGGAGAGGAUGGCGCCAAUCAACAGUCAUCGGAGGGACGAGCGCACGGGCAUAGCACGUGGGUGCAACAGCCGGCUCGCGGCAAAACGCAUUAACUCAAGGCCGGCGGAAGAGUAA